AUUGUGUUCGUGAAGAGGUCUGGAGGCAAAACUAGAAACUGGUUUACACGACACGUGAAUGUUCUUUACGAAAUUCAUCCCUUUCCAGCAAGACAGAACGCGCGUAGCUCUAUCGACAAAAAAUGGCUGCAAGGCCCUUGGUAAGUGUAUUUAAUGACAAUGGUGAAACCACUGGGCAAGUUACUUUGCCAGCUGUGUUCAAAGCUCCCAUCAGAUCUGACAUAGUUGGAUUUGUCCAUUCAAACAUGGCGAAAAACAGUAGACAGGCAUAUUCCGUCAACAAAUAUGCUGGACACCAAACGUCAGCUGAGUCAUGGGGAACUGGUCGUGCUGUUGCUCGAAUUCCUCGUGUUCGUGGUGGUGGUACGCAUAGAUCUGGUCAGGGUGCUUUCGGAAAUAUGUGCAGAGGUGGUAGAAUGUUUGCACCAACCAAAACCUGGAGAAGAUGGCAUCGUCCUAUUAACCAAAACCAACGUCGAUACGCGGUUUGUUCAGCUUUGGCAGCUAGUGCUCUUCCAGCUCUUGUUAUGGCUCGCGGACACAGAAUUGAAAAGUUACCAGAGGUGCCAGUAGUUUGUAAUGGCAUUGAGAGUCUCACAAAAACAAAGGCUGCUGUCCAACUUCUAAAAAAAUUAAAUGCAUAUGAAGAUGUCGAAAAAUGCCAAGAUUCCAAACAAAUACGAGCAGGAAAGGGUAAAAUGAGAAAUAGACGAUACACAAUGAGACGUGGACCUUUAAUAAUAUACAACGAAGAUCAUGGUAUCAAACAAGCUUUCAGAAAUUUACCUGGUGUUGAACUUCUUUCAGUAGAUCGAUUAAACUUGCUAAAACUGUGUCCUGGUGGUCACCUUGGGCGAUUUUGUAUUUGGUCACAAGCAGCUUUCGAAAAAUUAGAUUCGAUCUAUGGUACAUGGAGAAAAUCUUCUACAGAAAAAUCAAAUUAUAACUUACCUCGACCGAAGAUGAGUAUGCCUGAUCUAGCUCGACUUAUCAACUCAGAUGAAAUCCAAAAGGCUGUUCGUCCUGUUAAACCAAAAUCACACAGAGCUUCCAUUAAGAAGAACCCCUUAAAAAAUACAAGCGUUAUGAUAAGAUUAAACCCUCAUGCAAAAUCAACCAAACGAGCUGCAAUAAUGAGUCAAGAGAGAAGGACUGCAGCCAAGGAAGAGGUUGUAAACAAAAAAAGAGGCUUGCCUGCCAAAAAAGGUAAAAAAGAAAAGGCCAAGGGCAAGAAGUAGUUGUGUUUAGACCUUGUAAUGUCUUGUGUUUAAAAUCAAUGCUUCAUAAACACUUUUUUUUUUGUUCUACAUAUAGUGCAGUUAUUUGUGUGAUGAAUAAGCACCCCAAUUAUAACAGGGUUGCUCAGCACCUGAGGAAUCUAAGAAAUAAAUUAUAAAAAACAAGCUUAAAAUAGUAAUCCUUUCCUGAAUCAGCUGUUAAUUUAAUUAUAGUUCAAACAUGUUUUGGACGCUAAAAAUCGUAAAUUUGCUGGCCAUCCUGUAUAAGCUUGUAUUUUUGUGUACCUUUUAAGAAUUUUUUGCAAUUUCGCAAGAAGCAGAAUAAAAAAUUGCCAUUCGCUCUUCUUUGAAGUUUGCGUUUUGUGAUAAACUUUAACGUAGGACCACAAAAUUUAGGAUGUACUUGUGUUCAGUGGGCUUUUUAAUUCAAAGUUAGCGUUUCCCUUGUUCAGAGGUCUGUAGGGUAACGAGUAGUGCUAGCUACACAGGGAGUUGCGACCCUGCCCUUAGUGAGCUUCGACUGAACUACAAAUCAGACUACUAUUCGACGAAAAAAAAACAUUCGCAAGACUAUGAAAAGCAGGGCGUGCAUAGUUACACAUGGCGUUGUUGAGUGUUGUGCUGGAUGCCGCCCUUUGAAGGUGACAGAAAACAACCCGACAACGCAUCUUUUAACCAUACUUCGCAUAUACACCGUACAUAUAUCAUACAUCAAAAUCAUCAGAGCAUCUGAUGUUAACGUUAAAACCUGUACAUCUUUUUACAUGCAUUACAAUGUGAUACACAA